AUGCACGGAGUGAGGGAGGAUGCUAUAAAGGCAACUAACGACCCUAGCCUAAGUGAACAUAAAUGUCCACGGUGUGAUAAGUCAUAUGCACACAAGCCAAGCCUGCGGAGACACAUGUUGAGCCAUGAAAGAAUCGAGAGAAGGCAGAGUCAGGAAGCACAAGUGAUUGACAGCGGUGUUGAGGUGAUGGAAUGUGGUGAAAUGUCGGGUGAAGAAGUGCCCCAAGAAUGUGUUGUGAGGUCAUAUUUGUGUUUGUUUGGUUCUGUUUUCUGUCUUGAUAUCAACUGUUCAUUUUGUUAUAGAGAUGAAGUGACUGCAAAUACUGGAGUGGUGAAUGAGGAAGAGAGGGUUGUGGAUGAAUGCUUUGAAGGGGAUGUUGAGGGACAUGUUAAUUUGACAUGCCCAAAAUGUGGUGAAAAUUGUACUACAUACAUCAGAUUGAGACAACACCUUGUGAAUGAGCAUGACUAUAAAUUGGACAUAGAACAGAAAGAUUUUAAAAGUUUGGACGAAUUUUGGAUCUGGGAAGAAAGCAUGGAACAGAAGGAGUUUUGCAGUUUUAGUAAUCGACGUGGAGUAAGAUCUUUGAAAUCAGGGAAGAAAUAUUACUUUGACUGUCAUAGAAGUGGCGUCUUUACUUCGAAAGGAACUGGGAAGAAAUUUAGACCGGCUGACAAACAGACCUGCAAAAUUGGGUCUGUUUGUCCUGCAACUAUUCAUUUGACAGUAUCGGACUCUGGUGUACAUAUGGAAUGGUCAAAGGAGCACUUCGGACAUGAGUGUGAUAUAAACUUUUUAAAAUUGACCGCCACUGAAAGGACUUUUAUUGCUGACAGACUCAAGAAUGGCACCUCUUUUGAUGUAAUUUUAGAUGACAUAAGAGACUCAGUGGAAACAACCUUUGACUUUAGACGAUUGCAUUUACUGGACAAGAGAGAUUUAUGGAAUAUUUUAAGGAAGGUUGAAUUUAAACAUCGACAUGCUCACAAGAAUGAUGCUAUUAGUGUUAGUAGAGACAUUGAAAAGAAGAGGAAUCAACAACCCUGCCCAUUUUCAAUAAGUUACGGACCCCUGCCCUGUAGCUGCACAUAUGACAGUUGUAAACUUGGAAUUGAUGACUUUAUGAUUAUUUUAUGCACUCCUUACCAGGAAGCAGAGUUCGGCAACUACCUUGAAGAAAAAGUUUUAAUUGACAGUACCCAUGGCACAAAUGACUAUGAUUUUCAAUUGACAACGUUGGCCACUGUUCACUCAGCUGGUGCAGGUGUGCCAGUUAUGUACUGCAUUUCCUCCUCUGUGUCUAUUGACUCUAUGACUCUAUUUUUUAAUGUUGCUAAGACCACUCUUUCCAAGAAAACAAGCACGAAGGUUUUUAUGUCUGACAUGGCUGGAGAGUUUUACACUGCCUGGAAGAAUGUUUUUGGUGACGCUGACUUGAAUCUAUUUUGUACCUGGCAUGUUGACAAGCGGUGGCGCCUCAAAGUGAAGGAACAAGUCAAGGGUGUGAGUAAGCAGGCUGAAGUGUACAGAGGAUUGAUUGCUGUGAGGAAUGUUUUGGAUAAAGAGUAG